GGCCCGAAGCCCAAAUUCUUGCUCCAAUUCUCUUUGCGCAAGUCGCACGUUCUCUUCUCCCUCUCUGCCGUUAAACUUGCAGCCGUCGGUGCUCUUUCUGCUGCAAAACUCUUCAAAAUUCUGUAUCUCUGACCCAAUAAAAUUAUGGCACUAAGAGGUGUUUGGCAGCUAAAGAAGCUGGUAGUGAGCUAUUGCAAUUGGGGUGGCAGUAGCAGAGGAAUAAGGGCAUUCAUGGAGUCUGAAUUGCCAGCAUUCAAGGAGCAAAAUCCACAGCUUGAGGUGGUCACUGAACUCAAUCGUGGUCAACAUCCUUUCUUGAAGGGAUUAUACAAGAACAAGAACGAGCGUGUUGUAUGCGUGAGAAAUUUGAGUCAAGACGAAGUACUUGAAGCAGCGACCAAGCUAAGGAAUUCGCUUGGCAGAAAGGUGGUGAAGAUGAAGACUCGACAUGUUACAAAACAACCAAGUGUUCAAGGUACAUGGUCAACAGCAUUGAAGUUAUAAGCCUACAGAAAAAAUUCAAUGUUAGUGUUUUUGACUUCCUAGGUUUUAUAAUUUGGAUUCUUAUGUCAGAGGUGUGGUCUUCUGGACAAACAAGAUAGGGAUUAUAUGGUCUACAUGUAGUAAGAAGGUAGACUUUUUCAAUGUGAUGCACUUCAUAAUGUAAUAAUUUACUCAUCAUGCUGCUGGAAUAGUGGGAAUGUAGUGCAUGUGUUUGGUCAUACAUACAAUGACCCUGAUUUGCUUUUCUUCAUUGUUUUUCCAGUUUCUUAAUCGCCAGGAUUAUUGAGGAGCUUUUAGCUUCUUUUCAGAUCA